CCUUCUAACAGGCCUAGAGUGCACCACCAACCCUAGAGAAAUCAAGCAUCUAAAUGAAACCACUCGUCCGUCACCGUUGAUUUUUUACUAUAAAAGACUCCAUUAGGGUUUAGUGAUAGAUCUUUAUUCUCUUUACACUCUCUCAAAGCUCGGCUGCUAACCCCUGUGCUCAAAGCUAUGCCUUUCGUGAAAGCUCAAAAGUCAAAGGCAUACUUCAAAAGAUAUCAAGUUAAGUUCAAGAGAAGACGAGAGGGCAAGACUGACUACCGGGCUAGGAACCGUCUUAUCAAUCAGGAUAAGAACAAGUACAAUACCCCAAAAUAUCGUUUGGUUGCAAGAUUUACCAAUAAGGAUAUAGUUGCACAAAUUAUACAUGCUAGUAUUUCUGGUGAUAUAGUUCUUGCAGCAGCUUAUGCUCAUGAACUUCCCCGCUAUGGACUUGAAGUGGGCCUUACCAAUUAUGCUGCAGCUUAUUGUGUUGGACUCCUCUUGGCUCGCCGAACACUGAAGCAACUGGAGAUGGAUGCUGAGUAUGAGGGAAAUGUUGAGGCAACUGGGGAGGACUUCACUGUUGAACCAGCAGAGACAAGGAGGCCAUUCCGUGCGCUUCUUGAUGUUGGUCUUAUCAGAACUACUACUGGUAACCGUGUUUUUGGUGUUCUCAAGGGUGCUCUGGAUGGGGGAAUUGAUAUUCCUCACAGUGACAAGAGGUUUGCUGGAUUUAACAAGGACGGUAAGCAACUUGAUCCUGAAGUUCACCGCAAAUACAUUUACGGUGGCCAUGUUGCUGCAUACAUGAGGAAUUUAAUGGAAGAUGAGCCAGAGAAGUACCAGUCUCACUUCAGUGAGUACAUUAAGAGAAGCAUUGAGCCUGACACCAUAGAGGGAAUGUACAAGAAGGUUCAUGCCGCCAUUCGUGCAAGUCCAGAAGCAAAGAAAUCCGAGAAGGCUCCUCCCAAGGAACACAAGAGGUACAACCUGAAGAAGCUGUCUUACGAGGAAAGAAAGGCGAAGUUGAUUGAUAGGUUGAAGGCGUUGAAUUCAGCUGCCGGAGUUGAUAAUGAUUCUGAUGCGGAUGAUUGAUCAAGCCGCUGAAGUUGAUGCUACGGUUGAGGAAAACACUGGGUGAAUUCAGCAUCGGAAUUUUUGUUUUUGUUUUUUUUCUAAAAUUUCAUCCUUUUGCUGCUAGAAUUUUAAAAAAAAGGACUGAAGGCUGUGCUUCUUUAUUAGGUAUAUGAGGAACUGGCAUUUUUGCCUGCUGCUUCCGUUAUUUGAUAGUUUAAUUAUAUAAGUACUAUUCUAUUCGUGGCUUCUAAA